AUGGCGGAUCCUUUCGAGGUCCGCAUGCGCUUCAGCUCGCAGCUGCAGCACCUCAAUGCCUCCGUUGCCUCGGCGCAAAAGGCGGCGCAAUAUGCCUUGAAAUACAAGGACAUGGACGAGGACCUGCAUUCAUGCAUCCUCGAGCAGGUUGAACGGAACAACAUGAAUACACGUGCCAAUAUCAUGUACUUCAUAGAGCACUUCCUCGACAUGGCGCAGCGCGAUGGCCACUCGGACUACAUCCGCAUGAUGCAGCGCGACAUCAUCCGGGUGGUCGAUGCAGUGGCCCCUGACGACGGCUCCGGCGCGGCCAAUGUCAAAGUUGUCCGAAAAGUCCUGAACGGGCUCCAGAACAAGGGCUUCCUCGAGCACCAGGUGGUUGCGCAGAUUGAGGACGUCAUCAAGGAGCGUGGGACAAACGAUGACGACCUGGGCCUCGCGUCCCCCAACAGCGACGUGGACAUGACGGACGCGCCGGGCUCCGAGUCGAAAUCCCGGCGGCGGCCCGCGUCUCACGGCUUGGAUAAGCGACAGGUCGAGCAGCGGAUCGAAGAGGAUCGCGAGCGGCACAAGCGCGAGCGGGAGAGGAUCUGGGCCGUCCCCAAGGGAGAAGACGCCGAGAUGACGAAGCUGUGGGAGGAGACGAGCGACUUUGGCGAGGACGACGACCGGCUGCUGACGGAAGAGGGGGACGACUUUACCAAGGAGAUGGAGAUGCAGCAGUGUUCGCACCAGCAGCCGACGAAUGGCAAACGCCAUUGA